GUGCAGAGCAGAAUCUUUUACUUUGCCCUGAUUGUGAAGCUUUGAAGUCACCAUGCUUAUCCUAGACCGGUGAUUCAUGCAUCAUUUCAUAAUUCAUCGAUAUUCAUAUAAUACACGCUACGUAUGCGAUGAUCAAGGUCAGCACUUGUGAUAGGUGCAGCGUAUUUUCGAUAGCCCCAACACAAAUUUAAAGGCUCUUGAGUCUUAGACCUAGACCCUCUCAGACCCCAGCCGUCCCUACUCCCUCGGAUUCAAUGACAAACGUACCUUACCCAAAGAUGAUGGUUAAAUAUUUCUCACAGUACUCUCCUGUUGACACUGUCGACGAUGACAGCGAGAAACUAGCUGGUGAUGCAGAAAGUGCAGAUCCUCGUCUCAAGCCGCGUACCCUUCGCCUGUGGUUGACUCAUGGCAUACUUAUUUGCACAUCGGUUCUCUCCUUCACGCUAUGGAUGCGUACGCCUUCGACUCGCCUGCGCAAUGACAUUCCUAGCAUAUACUCUCCAGCAAAUGUUGCUAUCGAGCCCAUGAUUGCAAGGUUUAACGGAACCCUCAACUUUCCUUCCAUCUAUCGUGGCCCCCCUUCCCCAGAAGUUGAUGCCGCUUGGAAUAGAAUAGGUCGUAAUGUGGCGCCAGUUCGGAUGACCCAUGAGGAGAUGCUCAAAGCAGGCGCAACAAAUUUGCGUUCGAAAGUCAGAUAUCCGGACAAAGUUGGCGGAGGUUAUAUGGCCUCUUUGGAAUACGCCCACCAACUGCAUUGUGUAAACUUGCUUCGCAAAGCCUCUUGGUUGGAGUAUUACGAGCCCGCAGAUAUUUCGUUCCAAACCACCCCAGAAACAGUCCGUCUGCAUCUUGAUCACUGUAUCGAAAUGAUAAGACAGAAUAUUAUGUGUAAUGCCGACGUGACAAUGAUCACAUGGUACUGGGUGCAGGGACACACGGUCCCUUACCCUAACUUCAACACCCGUCAUCGAUGCAGGAACUUCGAGAAAAUCAUGGAUUGGUCUCUCGAACACGCUAUUCAUAUCGACGAAACCGAGGUUAUUCGUUCCAAAGAUACGGUUGACCUCCCCAGACAUCAGCGCGUCACAUCGUGAUGCAUGAGGAAUAUCACACUGCUCGCCUGCUUGCUCACCGCACUUGUUCAGCUACCGUGGAAGGAGGGUGGUUAUCGGUGCCUUGGAAGAACUGUCGUAUUAUAAGUUUAUAGAACGAGCGGAUGUAAAUUAAUGUGAUCCAGAAUAUCAGACUCAAGGCUUGCAUAUGUAGGUCAAAGAACAAAAA